UAGUGGAAAGAUCUACCUCACGCGUGUCUUUAGAUAGUCUUUAUAUGAGCGUGUACAGACACCUUCGAAACGAAUUUAAUUCUACGAUUUUUAAAUACAAAUAUAAAAGUUUAGUAUACCAAUAUGCGAUAUUUUAUUAAUAAAGUAAUAUGCAAAGUUAAAAAGUGGUCGUGUUAAAAUAGUUUUUAGUUCGAAGUGAACAAAAUACUCGUAGUCAUAAUGAUAUGGUUGUAUCCAAUCUGUAAUUGACUGAAGAAUAAUUCUAGUGCUGUAUGUCAAGGCGCUCACAGCACAUCAUUCCCAUUAACUGCCAUUAAGCAUUCGAAAAAUGGAAAAACCAGAAGAAAAUGAACAAAAAACCGAAUUCGAAAGAGCCCUCAACCAAGAGUUGGGUGAAUUCGGACUAUACCAAUUUAGAAAUAUUUUAUUGGUUAUGUUACCAGCUAUAUUCUCUGGGUUUAUGGCAGGGGACUACAUAUUCACAGCCGGCAGGCUUCCUCAUAGAUGUGCAGUACCAAUAUGCGACAACGGGCAACAGGAAUUCUCACCUAACUGGAUUCUAAAUGCUAUACCGGAGACUGAAAAUGGUUUCGAUGAUUGUUCCAGAUACGCGAACACAACAUAUAUUCCUGACUCAAUUUUAAACGGCACUUGUCCAGCAAAUCUAUUCGAUAGAAAUAAUAUUAUUAGCUGCGAGAGUUACGUUUACGAGAGAACAAAUACAGCUGUGUAUGAUUUUGGAUUAGAAUGUCAAGAAUGGCUCCGUGCUCUCGCCGGUACAUUAAAUAGUAUGGGUGCGAUGAUUGCUCUUCCUUUAGCAGGUUUCAUAUCUGAUGUUUUUGGAAGAAGAAUGUCGGUAGUAUUUUUCGGAUUUAAUGUAGCUCUGGUUGGCUGUGUUCGAGCUUUUUCAAUAAAUUACGCAAUGUAUGCGACGCUGCAAUUUAUGCAUACAGCUAUCGGAGGAGGUUUAUACAGCGCCGGUUACAUAUUAGCCACAGAAAUUGUUGGCCCGAGAUUCAGGAUUUAUACUAGUGCAACAAUGUCAUCGACGUUCGCUCUCGGUCAAGCUUUGUUAGGAUUGAUAGCAUCGGCUGUGUUAGAAUGGCGAACAUUAUCUUUAGUUUUAUUUGCGCCUGUGUUUAUUCUCAUAUCUUAUUACUGGAUACUUAUGGAGAGUCACAGGUGGCUGCUGAGUAAAAACAAAACGGAUGAAGCAAAAGCUACAUUGUUACGUGCAGCCAAGUUAAAUAAAAAAGAAAUACAAGAAUCACAUUUAAAUUUCCUUUUAACAGCCAUACCUAAACAAAAUCAAAAUAAUACUGGUGAAACAAACUUGUUGUAUCGGGUUUUAAAAUCACGCGUAAUGUUGCAGCGUUGUUGCACGACACCGAUAUAUUGGAUUACAACUACUUUUAUUUAUUACGGUCUUUCAAUUAACGCUGUUAAUUUAUCAGGAAAUAUGUAUUUAAACUACAUUUUAGUAAGUCUUAUUGAAAUUCCAGGCUACUGGACAGCAGUGCUCGUUUUAGACAGAGUUGGUCGUAAAGCAACACUAUUCAGUGGCUAUCUGUUAUGUGGCAUUUGCUGCUUUGCUUUUGCCUUCACUCCAAAAUCAUUGUAUGGUAUAUCACUAUUUUUAUAUCUAUUGGGUAAAUAUUGCACAGGUGUAGUAUUCACAUCACUAUAUUUAUUUACUACUGAGUUAUAUCCUACGAGACAUCGACACUCAUUUUUGGGUUUUUCUUCGAUGAUGGGUAGGAUUGGUUCAAUUGUUGCGCCUCUAACACCACCCCUCAUGGUGUACUGGUCAGGUAUACCCUCAGUUUUAUUCGGCGGCAUGGCUGUAAUGACAGCUUUUCUAAUUCUGACCCAACCAGAAACACAGGGUAGAAAAAUUCCCGACACAUUUGAAGAAGCAGAAAAUAUUAAAUAAUGUGUAAAUACUUAGAUGUAUGAAGUAAAUUAAGAGUUGUUUUUUGCUAUU